AUGACCCGCCCACUAUCCAAGGGUAUCUUGUCUAGACCAGUACUCAUAGCCUUCGGGCUCUCGAUAUCGGUUCCGUUCUUGCAGCCUCGUCCCGUUGUUCGCCUCGACAGCUCCCCCUACAGCCCACCAGGCGACUCUGCCUCGUUCAGCAGUUCCCCUUACACGCACUCACGCGACGCCAAAACGCCACUGACCAAGGAUGGAAAGACACUGAAUCCUGCGGCCGUUAAGCAGAUCAGUCUCGGCGCGAUAUUGGGACUAGGAGCCGGCGUGCUGGUCAGCGCAUUCUCAACCAGUUUGACCCUACUGAUUGGAUUGGGCAUCGUGCUUUCACAGGUCGCAGCUCGGAAAGGAUACAACGUGAUCCCGAUCGAUCGUUUACAGAGCUAUGUCAAGAAUAUCAAUCUCCGAAGCGCCAUCAAUGAUAAUCUAGCCUUCAAAAUCAGUUUUGGGCUGAUGUUUGCGUUGGCUGCCUUCGGGGACUUCUGA